AUGGGGUCGCCCAUUCUUUAUGGACAAAAGCGCGCAUUAGUCAUUGGUAUCAAUAAUUACCCACGUGAAUCAUUGAAUUAUUGUAUCAAUGAUGCUAAUGAUCUAGGAACAACUCUUGAAAGUAUCGGUUUCUGUGUAUUACCCGCACUGGACUGCAAUUUUAGUAACCUCUACCAUAUGAUAGAUACAUUUGCUGAUACAAUUCUACGUGAUGAUUUAGUUUUAUUUUAUUUUGCUGGUCAUGGUAAGCAAAGCAGUGAUGAAAAUUAUUUGUUACCAUCAGAUUACAAUUUUGAUAAUCGAGGGAGCGAGCGUGAUUAUAUCGUAAAUAAUGCUAUUAACGUCAAAUAUAUAAUGGAAAAAAUAGAUCGUAAAAAAUAUCGGGUCGCGAUCUAUUUAUUUGAUUGCUGCAGAAAUAGGAUACGGACUCGAGCAAUCAAUACAAGCCAAGGUUUAUUACCGAUGAUUGGAUCAUCACAAACUCUCAUCGUGUUUGCUUGUGCUCCCGGCAGCGCAGUACAAGAUGAAACACGAAAUAAUAGAAAUGGUAGUUUUAUGGAAAACUUGUUAAAACACAUCACAAAACCCAAUAAACAUAUCGAAAAGAUAAUGAAAGAUGUUGCUGAUGAUGUUAACUUACAAACAGGUGGUUUUCAAUUACCACAUCGAUCAAGUUCAAUCUCGGGGAAAGUCUUUUUAGUGUUAAAUAACGAUCAAGGUCAGGAUGUAACGACAUUAAAGGCUGUAACAAUGUCGUUAAUUGUUACUUUAUGA